AGGGAAAGAGAGGAAGAGUAGCGAUGUAUGUGACAAGGCCUCUUUCUCUAUACAGGAAAUCUCCAAUUGCUCUUGAAGAUGAACCACCUGCUGAAUGUCCUUAUCCUGGUUAUUUAGUGAUUACAGAUGAAGAAGCUGAUGAACAAGACACCUUGUGUUGCGGGGCUUAUAAGAAAAAGGGUGUUGAAAAGCUGCCUUUCCCACAAGACAGGAUGUUGAACGUUGUUCAUUCAUCGGUGGUUGAAGAAACUAUGGUCAAGAAGGUCUGGUUUAUCCCUGUCCUCGAUCAGCCUCUUUCUUCCAAUCAGUACUACGUUAUUCGAGCCAAAGGCAGAUACAAAGGGCUGGCAUGUACAAGUUCAAGGGAGAUAGACAGCAAGCUAUGUUGCUUAUUCAAUGAUGGUAUCAGUGAUGUAAAACUGAAACCACUUGAUCAUAGAAACGUUUAUCAACAGUUCAAGAUCCUUCGUCACCAUAGGCACAGUUUCUUCGCUAAAUCCACCGCAACGAAUUCAAACCCACCAUAGGCUGGCAUUAAAAUAAUUAUCUUUAG